UCCUCCUGCCCCAGGCCACCCCGGAGCCCCCGGAUCCUCUCUGCCUCUGGCUCCUUCCUUCUCCCCUCCGGCCCUGCCCACCUCCAACCCCAAGCAGACGGCGGUGAGGACCAGGUCUAUCGGCACCAACACCCAGGACGGCGGCGUCCCAGGGGGACUGGAGGGCGACUCGGCUUGUCUGGGGCCCUGUCAGCCUGGGACCAGCGUCAACCUGGAGGGCAUCGUCUGGCACGAGACGGAGGAAGGUGUGCUGGUGGUGAACGUGACGUGGAGGAAGAGGACCUACGUGGGAACUCUGUUGGACUGCACCAAGCACGACUGGGCUCCUCCGAGGUUUUGCGAGUCUCCCUCCAGUGACCCUGAGUUGCCGGGUGGGCGUGGCCGCGGGAAACGGAUGCGAAUGGCCUUGGCCGAGCGGCCCUGCAUUGAGCCGGCCCCCGCCACCAAAGUCAGGGGUCUGUCACAGCACAGGAGCCGUGGAGGUGGUGUGGCUGGAACCACUGCACCCAUCCACAGCAAGGGACGGAGAGGCAGCCUGAACCUCAUCAACAACUGCCGGACUCCUCCUUCUUUCUUCACUGUGGAGGAGGUGAAAUCUUCCAACAGCGCCUCCACCCUCUCGUCUGGGAAGCGAAAGAACAAACCUCCAGCUGACUUGGACCUCAGCCUGGUCUCUUCUGAUGACAUUAAAAAUGGAAAUGGGAAGCGGAUUCGCGCCAAAUCCCGCAGCGCACCGUCCACGCCGCAGGGCAAAUCUGACCCUUCAUUCAUGGAUCCAGGAGGAGGUUGUGCCUCCUCACCACCUCCCCCACCCAUUCUCAUUGACUGCCCCCACCCCAACUGCACUAAACGCUACAAGCACAUCAACGGACUGCGCUACCACCAGACACAUGCACACCUGGAGGCUGAAGAGCAGAGGAAGCCUGAGCUGGAGCCCAUGAAGGAUGGGGAGAGUGAGGAACGACUAUCGGACUGUGAGGACACCAUCAGCAACAUGACAUAUGACCUCUCAGAAACAAACAACAACACUAAUGCCAACAGUUCCUCUAAGAAACCUGCUCCUCUAUACAAGGUGACCACAGUAGGGUCUCCUAAGAACAGACGGCUACUCCUCAGUACUGACCAGAGCCCCACAACCAACUCCAAAACCAGAAGAACCUCACUGCUCAAAGACGGGCUGAUCGAUGACCUCAGUAACUUGCCCAUCAUCUCCAACAUGACCGUGGUUCUGGAGAACUGCAUGGUCCCAGACAGGAACUCCACGGUAGAGAUGCCCAAACUGGAAGCCGAAGGUUUGAUCGACAAGAAGGGAGGUGCAUGCGACAAGGGCAAGAAGGCCAACGGGAAGGUAGACAAGCUGUCCAAGUCGCGGACCAACCGGCCAAUUGCUCCAGCCCCUGCUCCUCCCAAGCUAAUUGCCAUACCCAACGCAACAUAUCCCACUGGUACAGCAGAUACUGCCACCUCACAGCAGCCCUCUCCCAUGGCGGCCGUAGGCCUCACAAGUAAAAACCUUCCUCUGAAACCCAUCAAACCAAAGCUGAGCAUCGUUGUGGAGCCGAGCCUUGUCAAAGCCACCCUGGUUUCCUGCAGCAAAGAGACCAGGAAAAAAGAGAAACGGAGGCUGAAAGACAAGCAUAACAAAGAUUUGCCAACCAGGACACCUAAUGGAGACAGCAGCGGAAUCAAAAUGGAAGAUGGUGGUAGUGGAUCUAAAAUGGGUGUCAAGGAAAUUUCUGGAAGCCUUCUGAAGGAGCACCUCAGUAAGCAGGAUGUAAUGAAUGGACUCACUGAGAGCCAGGAGAGCAGGAUGGCCAGCAUCCGCGCAGAGGCUGACAAGGUCUACACCUUCACCGACAAUGCCCCCAGUCCCUCCAUUGGAAGUUCAUCGCGGCUUGACGCAAGUGGUAGUUGCCUGGCAACAGCAGACGGCAGCAGCAAGAACAACAGCCCCGCCUACUCUGACAUCUCAGAUGCCGGGGACGAUGGGGGAUCUUCCGAAUGUCGCUCAGAUGGGCUCAGAUCCAAGUCUGGCUCCUCUGCCUCCUCCGAGGUGAGCUCUAACAGUAACCAUGGUAGCUCUGGUAAAACCCCACCCACUGCAUCUGCUCCGCCAUCAAAAGAUCCCCAGUCGCCGUACUACCACAGCUACGAGCCCUACUACCUGCAGGGGUACAUCCAGUCGGACAGGCAGAACAGCAGCAGCGUUGCUUUCCACAAAAGCUCUGCCCAUGACGGCAAAGGGAAAGACAGAAAAGAAGAAAUGAAGGAGGAUGACAAAGGCUCCUCCCACGAGUUCGCAGACUCUAAGAAAGGCGACGGGCCGCCUCAGUCUCAGCUUCAGCUGGCCAUGAGUCAGACGCAGACCGCCUUGGCCCAGUCCCUGUACUAUGGCCAGUACUCCAGAGGACUUUACAUGGACCAGAAACUGUUACUGGCCUCCAAAUGCUGUGACCAGACACCCAGUUCCAAGCAGAGGGGUGAGAGGGGACAGGGGUUGAGAGACAGUGAGGAUGUUAAACAUAUGGUUGGGGGUUCAGCCAGCGGGCCCAUGCUAGGUAAAGGUCCAGAAGGCACCAAAAGUUGCUGUCCCAAACCCGUCCUGUCCUACGUGGAGAUGAGUGAGAGAGGAGAAAGGGGACAGAGUCUGGGCUUGAAGGCUGUGCACGGUGGCAUGGUGGACCAGCACCAGGUCUCGAUGAAAGACUGUGAUGACAUCAAGUCUCCUUCCUCUUCCUCUUCUUCAUCACUCCACAACCCAAACAGUCAGACAGAUCUGGACUCAAAUGUUUCCUUUUCCAGUCCCUCAGACGGCCCCGCCUGGGCUCACCGCCUCGCUCACAGCAAAUACUCAGAGCUACAGAGUCAACACGGAGAGGAGGCCGAGGAGGGUGAAGCAGACAGGGGAAAAGAAUGGGGAACUACCAUGGAGCCUGCCGGGGCCAAGAUGAUCUCAGGAGGAGGAGGAGGUGGAGGAGAGAGGGGAGCAGGCGUGGGCGGAGAUACUAAAAAAUCCAGGGUUCAUGGGUCCCACGAUCUGCCACCUGCCAUCGACACAGAGGACUCAGACCGGCUGGAGGGGCUGGACGAUCAAGGCCAGGAGCCAAUAGGAGGGCUGUCUGAGGAGUCCCAGAGUGCCCGGGCAGCAGUGUCUCCUCCCAUGACCCCCCAGCAGCCCUACAUCCAGUACCAGCACUCCUCCUACCCGCCCUACCUGGCAAUGUGUGAGAGCGGAGGGGGCUCCUACAGAGGGGUGUCCCCAACCCUGGUCCACAAUUACCCAGGUUUCCACUAUCCUCUGUACGGUAAGACAGCGGGCAGGGAGGAGUCGGACGUGACUCCACCCGGCAGAGGAGGAGUGGUGACCAGCAAGCAGAGCAGCGACUCGUCCUCGUCCUCAGCCAUGGAGCUGCUGCAGCAGCAGAGCCAUCAGUACCACGGAAAGUCACCUGCUCCUGGUGAGAAGGGUUCCCCUGAGGGAGAGAGAGAGACGGACAGAGAGAGGAACCACGUGUCGUUCGCCCGACACCUGCACACACACCAUCACACACACCUGGGUAUGAGCUACAACCUGAUGUCAGGACAGUACGACAUCUACCAAGGGUUGAGCUCCCGGUCGCUGGUCUCCAGUCAGCAGGUGUCAGGACACUCCUCUGCUGAGGGCGAAGGGAAGAAGUAGGACCAUGUGACCACGUCUCACAUGAGGAACGGCAGAUUUAUCAGACAUCAAUUCCAUGGUGUUGAAUAAGCUUCGCCUCGCUGAGAGGCAGAGAACAAAAACAAAAAAAACCUCUUUCAUUUCUUACUAAUGACGACCACCUGUUUUAUAAGUCAUCACCCAGGAGCAGCUGGGCCGACAGAGGGACGGGCAGAUGAAUGGACAGAUGAAUGGACAGCGGGAUCAGGAUCUACCUGUACAAAUCCAGAGUCACAGAUUCUGGAGCUUUGAGUUUAGCGGCGGUUUGACAGAAGCAGGCGGUGCGUGUGAAAGCGAACCUCCCGGGACGCCGUACACUCAGCCCGACCGCAGCUGUGGCGUUCAACUUUAUAAGACGCACAUUUAUCGUAGUGUAUUAUGAUGAUGAAGAUAUGACUGAAUGUACUGAUGAUGACUUACUUUGUCCCAAUGAUGUUGAUGUUUUUUUUUAAAACUUCUAUUGGGAAACAGCAUUAGGAAGCUAAAAAGUCUAUUAUUAUCCUCCUUAUUAUUCUCAUUAUGAUUAUUGGUGGUCCUCCUCCCUCCAUAGUGCUGACGCUACAUUUGUAUUACUAACCUGUACUUGAGCGUAACCAUGUUGAUUGUAUUGUCUUUAUGUGAGAGUAAACCUUCACAUCGACCUGCCCAGUGCCAUGUAGGAACCCAGUGGUGUAUAUAUUCUGUACAGAUUCAUGGCAGAGCACUAACAUGCUUUAUCGUACUCUAUGUUGAUCUCCAUCAGCCAUGCAGGGGAGCAGCAGGCAGAGCGGCGGAAACCAGAGGCCGGGCUCAGUUCGUCUGCAGCACUUUGUCCUGGAGGUACAUGUCCUACUGACCCUGUCACUGAUGUUUGCAAAUGUAAGCUCCAGUUUGUGCCUCUUAAGUAAUCAGUGUUUUUAUAUUUGAGACUUUUUGGCCACAUGAGGUUUGAGGGGUGACGGUGUUGGUCACCGCUUUGGUUCAGACUGAAUUAUGAGUCAAAUUUAGUGUGAACCAGGAGAAACGCAUAAGAGUCUAUGAAGAGUAUGGUCUCGUAUCUUGAGCAGCCUACGAGGUUUUGACUGAGAGUGGCCUGUGUCUGUUACGUGGUCAGGUGAUCAUCAGGAAGCGUCUCAGAUGUUGCAGUUGCGGUCUCACCUCAGGGUCCAUUUAGUAGCAGCUGAUUGUUGUUUCCAGCAGAUGAAGUCUGCCAGCUCUCGUGGAAACGAACCACAUCUUAUAGUGCUCAGAAAAAACCCCAAACAUCUACGAUUCCACGAGAUCUGUGUGCAAACUCCAUCUGCUGAGGAAGAUCAUGUGAUAUGACUGAAAGCUCCAGUGAGAUUUUGUCAACUGCUGUUUCCGAGGUCGAGAACAAACUUCAGACGUCCGUCUCAAAUAUAAAACCAGAGGCAGAGACUGGGACACAGCGAGUGAACACUAAUAAUGAAUGGUAGCAAACGAUUCUGUUUGAACAUGACAGGCAGAUGUGCCAGUUGUGUUUUAGUUCCAGCAUCUGCACCUCUGAAGGACAGUUCUAGUGUUAACUGAGUUUUUCCUCAUUUUCCUCUACAGCUGUCUCCGUGUACUCAAAGCUAAAUGGAAUUUGGUGCGUUUGCUCAGGUAUGAUACUGACUUUAUUACCAAAAAGAAGCUUUAUCGUUCAUUGGUUGAACUUUUUGUGGAGAUUUCUCACGCUGACCAUAGGAUUUAGUUUAAUUCACCAGUUUUCAUGUAUUUCUGUCUUGUUUAAAAGUUAAAAACUGCAGCGCCAUAUUCAGCAGCAGUUUGAGAACAUGCUAAAUUCAGUUUAGUUUCAAGUAUGGCAGAACGACUCCAAACUGAUUCUUUCUUCUCGUCUGGGUUCAAGUCAUAAUAAAAAAAACAUGUUAAAAACUAGAAAACCAGCCAGAAAAAAAACAAACAAACAUGGUGACGCAGUAGAAACUGUUCACACUGGAACUGUCCUCAAAGUGAAAGACCCACAUUUUCAGUGAUCCCAGUGGGGAUGAAUCCUCGUCUGGAGUCCCACAAUCCUUUGCCCCGCCUCUGCUCCCAUGCCUUCUACAAGUUAACUAGCUCACUGCAGAGCCUCUGAUAGACAGAGCGGUCAGGUUUUACCCCUGGUGCCGUACCACUGCCGCGGCCGGAGAGCCAGGAUAUAUACGGCCCAGUGGGCACGUGCUGGGCCAAAUCCACACUCUUGUUUCCAAAAUCUGGUGCUGCUCGUUGUCUUUGACGUCUGAGCCACGUGUCACAGUACACUGGCUGGCUAAUGAAAUAUUUGGAACUAAGUCCUUUAUUCUCUCUUUUAUAAUCUAACCUGAAGCUGAAUGUUUGUAACACCAGUGAAAGAUUCAUAAUGGAAAUAUGACUGUGGAGUUUGAAGCUGCUAUACAUGUGCUGAUAUGAUUUUGGGGCAGAAACAGGAACAGAAAAUGAAUUUGGCACAGAUAUAAUGACGUAUUUGAGACAAAUCGCUGUAUCUUGCCAGACAUGGCUUUGCUCUGGACCAUAUAUGACACCCAAAAAAUACAAGGAGUGGAAAACACACUGGAUGUGUCAGGAUACACACUGUCCUGUUUCCCGGUUUAUUUUCCAGCUUUCAUAAAAAGCUGUCUGAAAACCUCCUGUACCUCUUUUUUUUUUUCAGAACAACUCAUAACUAGCUAGUUUAGCAAACCUGAUCUUUCUGUUAACAUGCUCAUAAUAGCUCCUGCUAGCUACAUUAGCUAGUGCACUAAUUAGAUGUGUCAAAACAAGACGAUGUUGUUAGCUGGUCAGAUACAGUAGGUAGUUAUUGAGGUGAUACUGAAUGCACAGCACAAUCCAGUGUGGCCACCAGAUGUUAAUUCAUAUUCAUAAGCCCUGAUGCUGCGUUCACAUCAUGUGGAAACUGCAUUUACGAUAAAUCCCAAAUUUUGCAAUGCAGCGUAACCACAGACUGAAUUUCCUGCAGUCACUGUGGUGCCGACAAUAAAACUGCAGCUGCCCAACCUCGUCUAUCAGCAGCUCUGCCUCACUUACACAACACCUUACCUGCAUAGUAUCAGUGAUCAUUCUAUUACUUGAAUAUAGUGCUAUGAACUCUGUUUACAAAAUGCUGUCAACUUUUGGGAGACACAGUGUUGUCUUAUAAAGGCUGCUUGGUAUGUUCAGUUCAUCCACCCAGUGUAUCCAUUUAAUAACACAACGAAAUCGUAUAAACAUGA